CUAACCAGAGCAGUGAAGGUUAACGCAAAAGGGAACUAGAUCUCGAAUGGGAUGAACGUCAUGUGGCCUCAAACUCUUUGGCCAUAUAGUGUACAUUGGCGUGAGAAAUACACAUUUAUUUUGUAUUAACAGUUUGCAUAUUAUUUUCAUAAUUACGACCCAGGCAAUAUUCAAAACAAGAUUUGAACAAUUAGAUAAUUAUAUCAAAACCGUUAAAAGGGGUUUAUAUAACUCCAAACGGCCAAUAAGUUUACUGCCGUGUUUUGGUCCUGCUCCAAUCAGGAAACGGGAUACCAGUAGGUUACACGUACGGACCAAUGGGAAACGACGCAGGUUUGUACAACGACCAAUGAGAUCAAAACCGGAAGCGUUACUUUUCUGUUUCCUGUUGCAGCUGUGCGGUUUGUAGAAAUGGCUGUGCGUUACAUAAAAUGUUAAAUAGGAUGAAUUAAAGCCAUUCGAUGUACACUACUUCAUGUUUAUAUUAGUGAUGUUCUGUUUUUAAACCGAGGACGGGCAUGCCAUUUGUUUAAAAGUAGGCUACAUGCUAUUGGGAUGAAAGUUCAUCUCACGGCGUCAGUUGAGUUAGGAAUCUGGUUCAUUUUCGAUCUUUAAACACAGGAGUUAAUAUCUCUACAGUAUCUGUAUUGUAGGGGAUUUCAUUCGACAGGGUUUGUUUUUUUUCCUUUGGAAAUGUCUGUCGAGCAGAUGUGUUGUGUUGUCACUGUUUCUGAGAGCAGCUGCAAUGAGAAGCAACAGUCGACUGUAAAUCCACUGAGCUGUAGUGGAGUGGUGUUAAGCUCCCAGUCUGGACUUGUGCUCUGCAGUGGGCUCUUGCUUUCUCGUUUCCUGUUGGAUAAAGAAUGUAUAAGCCAAAACCCCAAUGUGUUAAGUGCUCACCAAUUUAGUAACAAAAUUCAAGUUCAAAUAGAUCAUGUAGGUGGAAAGUUGAGCCAAUGCACAAGCAAGAGAUCCAGUGGGAUGAAUGGGUGUCGAACGUGCCAUGAACCUGCUGAGCUGCUCAUGAUGAUUAACUGCGUGGAGUUCCAGAUGGCGUUUCGAAAACUGUUUACUGACUCUGAACAGUGGACGUUUACUGAUCGUGAUGAGGACAACGAAAUUCUCUAUGACUCAAAUUUCUUGAGUUGGUUUGCAGUGCUGAAAAUGACCACCAAUACCCAAGUUGAUCCUGUGCCUUGGAUAAAGAGUACAGCACUUACAAAGGGAUGUUCUGUACUGGCGUGUGGAUCUCCAUUUGGUUCUUUCUGUCCAGAUCUGUUCAUGAGCACACUGAGCAAAGGCAUCGUGAGCAACCUAGCUGGAGAGGAGAAUGCAUUGAUUUUGACAGAUGCCCGCUGUCUGCCCGGCACUCAGGGAGGAGGCCUCUUUGUUAUUGAUGGAGACACGUCAUAUCUUGUGGGCUUAAUUGCUUCACCACUGUGUUGGAAGUCAAAUGAAUGGAUUGGCCUGACUGUAGUGUGUUCUCUGCAUUUAAUUUUGAAAAACAUAUUACAGUCUGUAACCUCUCAUCAGUCACUGAGAGAGAUAUCAACACACUCAUUCUGUGAUAUCCUUCAUGUCCAAGCUGAUACGCAUCAAAUGUCAGAAAAUGGAAAAUAUCCCAUGGUGGUGGUGGUUGAAUGUGGACAAAUUUGGGGUUCUGGAAUUGUGUUAAAUCCAUAUUUAGUGUUAACUUGCAGACAUGUUGUGAAUGGGAGCCAAUUUCUUAAAGUCACACUCGGCACAGAUCAAAGACCUCUAACUGUGAGUAGCAGAGUGCUGUAUGCUACGAAGGAAUCUUCUCCUUAUGAUCUUGCUGUUGUGCAGCUCCAGGAGCCUUUGUCACACGUCAUGGUGCCACAGCUAACCACCAGUUUUUUGCCUGGUGAGGAUGUGCUUGUGCUGGGUUAUGGAGCUUUAGGGAAAACCUGUGGCCCGUCCCUGACCUCAGGGAUACUCUCUAGAGUUGUCCACCUGCAAAACAAGCCAGUGAUGCUACAGACAACUUGUGCAGUGACUUGCGGAUCCAGUGGUGGGGCUGUUGUACGCGCCAGAACGGGCGAGUUGUUAGGUAUUGUGUCCAGUAAUACAAGAGACUUUGCAGCCAAGGUUACAUAUCCCCAUUUAAACUACAGCAUUCCAGUUUCUGUCUUGGAGCCUCUUCUGAGUCAAUUUGCACAGACACAAGACCCUGCUGUGUUUCAGGAAUUGGACCGUGCAGAGGAUGCAGUUAGGAGAGUGUGGAGACUUCAAAUUCCUCAAAGUAAGCUGUGAAUAUACACCGAUCAGCCAUAACAUUCAAACCACGGACAGGUGAACUGAAUAACAUUGAUUAUCUCAUUACCAUGGCAGCUGCCAAGGGGAGGGAUAUAUUAGGCAGCAAGUGAACAGUCAGUUCUUGAAGUUGAUGUGUUGGAAGCAGGAAAAAUGUGCACACGUAAGGAUCUUAAUGACUUUGACAAGGGCCAAAUUAUGAUGGUUAGACGACAGGUCUUGUGGGGUGUUCCUGUUAUGCAGUGGUUCAUAUCUACUAAAAGCUGCCAAAUGCUGUAAAUGCAAAAGUGGUUCAAGGAAGGACAACUGGUGAACCGGUGACAGGGUCGUGGGUGCCUAAGGCUCGUUGAUGCACGUGGGGAGCGAAGGCUGGCCCGUCUGGUCCUAUCCCACAGAAGAGCUACUGUAGCACAAAUUGCUGAAAAAGUUAAUGCUGGCUAUGAUAGAAAGGGGUCAGAACACACAGUGCAUCCCAGCUUUCUGUGUAUGGGGCUGUGUAGAUGCAGACUGGUCAGAGUGCCCAUGUUGACCCCUGUCCUCUGCCAAAAGUGCCUACAAUGUGCCCGUGAGCAUCAGAACUGGACCAUGGAGCAAUGGAAGAAGGUGGCCUGGUCUGAUAAAUCAUGUUUUUUUUCCACAUCAUGUGGACGGCUGGAUGCGUGUGCAUCGUUUACUUUGGGAUGAGACUACACCAGGAUGCGCUAUGGGAAGAAGGCAAGCCAGCAGAGGCAGUGUGAUGCUCUGGGCAAUGUUCUGCUGCUAAACUUUGUGUCCUGGCAUUCAUGUGGAUGUUACCACAUGUAUCACCUGACACAUUGCAAAAAUUGUACAGGAACGGGUUGAGGAACAUGACAAAGGUUCAAGGUGUUGACUUGGCCUCCAAAUUCUCCAGAUCUCAAUCUGAUAGAGCAUCUGUGGGAUGUGCUUCACAAACAAGUCUGAUCCACGGAGGCCCCAACUCACAACUUACAGGAUUUAAAGGAGCUGCUGCUGACUUCUUGGUGCCAGAUACCACAGCACACCUUCAGAGGUCUUGCGGAGUCCGUGCCUCGACCGGUCAGAACUGGUUUCCCAGCACAAGAGUACCUACACACUAUUAGGCAGGUGGUUUUAAUUUUAUGGCUGAUUGGUAAUGUGAGUGACAUUGCCAUGUGCAUGCUAUUGCAUUCUACAUUCCCACAAUGGCAUUAACAAAGAGACUUCCCGUUUUAAUUGCUGAACAUUCAGUCUACUGUAAGAAUAGAAAAAAAAGGAAAAUGGAUUUUGAGCUCAUUGGUUGCUGGUUAUUUUGUCUUUGAGUGAACAGAUCUAAAAAAUUUAAUUCUCUCUGGACAUGAAAUGUAAUUAGAAUUGAUUAGUACAAAAACUAAUAUAAGCAAUUGUGUAUAUUGCUAUGAAAAUAAAAUAAAAU